AUGACCAUGACGACUCCUCUCGACGAAUGGACCGCCGACUCGUGGCGGUCGAAGCCAGUGGCACAGGACACGGAAUACCCGGACCCGGCGGCGCUCGAGGCCGUGUGCGCGACUCUGCGGUCGCUGCCGCCGCUGGUGUCGCCCGCGCGGAUCGAGCAGCUGCGGCUCGAGCUGGCGCAGGCGGCGGCAGGGCGGGCGUUCGUGAUGCAGGGCGGCGACUGCGCCGAGAGCUUCGACGACGUGCGGGCGGAGCCGAUCGCGGCCAAGCGCGGGCUGCUGGGGCGGCAGGCGGCGGCGCUGGCGGCGGCGCUCGGGCAGCCGGUGGUGCAGAUCGCGCGCAUUGCGGGGCAGUACGCAAAGCCGCGGUCCAAGCCGAUGGAGCAGCUGGCCGACGGCAGCGUGGUGCACGCGUUCAAGGGCGACAACGUCAACGGGCGCGGGGCGACGGCGGCCGAGCGCACGCCGGACCCGCACCGGCUGCUGCUCGGCCACCACCUCGCCGCCACCACCCUCACCUUCCUGCGCAUCCUCGACCCCACGCCCGUCUACACGUCGCACGAGGCGCUCCACCUGCCGCUCGAGUCGGCGCUGACGCACGGGCGCUACAACACGUCGGCGGCCUUCGUGUGGGUGGGCGAGCGCACGCGGCAGCUGGACGGCGCGCACGUCGAGUACGUGCGCGGGCUGCGCAACCCGGUCGGCAUCAAGCUCGGCCCGACGACCGACCCGCACGACCUGGCGCGCCUGCUCGCCCUGGUCAACCCGACGCGCGCGCCGGGCCGCGUCGUGCUCAUCACCCGGCUGGGCGCCGACCACGCCGAGCAGCACCUGCCCAAGCUGGUCGCCGCCGUGCGCCAGGCCGGCCAGCUGCCCGUGUGGAUGUGCGACCCGUGCCACGCCAACACCUUCGUCGACCGCCAGACGGGCGUCAAGACGCGCCUGGUCGAGCACGUCGCCGCCGAGGCCGUGCGCACCGCCGACGUGCUGCGUGCCUGCGGCGCCCACCUCGCCGGCCUGCACCUCGAGCAGACGGGCGAGCCCGACGUCACCGAGUGCGUCGACCGCGAGCACGCCCUGGUCAACAACCCCAACACCGCCCCGCUGUUCCCCCGCUACCGCUCGCUGUGCGACCCCCGUCUCGCCCCCGACCAGGCCAUGCGCGUCGUCCACGCCGUCGCCCACGUCUUGCGCUCCCACCACCACCAGCCCGACGACGACCUCCAUCUCCCGCUUCCCGGCACCGCCCACUCUCCGCCUCGUCAUCUCACCGAUUCCCUGAUGCCCGCGCCCCAGCAGGUCCAGUGA